AUGCGUCGGAUCCGAGAAGGGUUAAAUAGAGAUGAUCGAAAGGGGAAGAGACAGAGCCAGUUAAACUCGCUUCCAUUUAGGCCCUCUCGUCAGGGCCCAACAUUUCCAACUCGUCAGCACCCUCAUCCUCCUCCUUUCGGCCACUCCGCGACAAGGAGAGACUACGACGCCACCACUCGACCGAGAAUCGCUUCUUGUGGUGCGAGAAUGGGCGCUAGACUGACGAGGGUGAGGACAAAGAGUUUGAUCACCGUCUGUGGACUCGUGAGCACCGAGCUGACCGUCAUCUGCCCUUGCGCAUUGGGCGAGAUCGGAGCCGACGCGACCGUCUGUAGGAUAUCGCCAAUCUGGCACGUCACGGCCGUCCAGGGCAAUGUCCCAAUAAACGCGCCAAUCGCACAUUGGAGCAAGGGGACGGAACAUACGCCCGAGGCAAUAUUGAUGCCCGACCAGGGAACGAUACCGAUGAGGCGGAGGACGGAGAGGCGAGCCCAUGGACUUGAAGAAGUUGAAGAUGGUGAUUUGGCGGUGGAUGAUCGCCGAGAGGCAGUGGUGUUGGUGGAUGAGGUACCUUGGAGGGCGUUGCGGGUGAGGGCGAUGGCAGAGGGGAAGAAGCGGGUGAUGAUGGGGGUGAGCGGAGUAGCCAAAAUGGUGGAAAGAACAGAACCAAUUGUUGUCAAUGUGGUUUGUAAAAGGGUAGCCCAGAAAGGUGAAAGCAAUGUGCCGGUCAAUAUAUUCUAUUCCCCCCAAAAAUCAGUGCCUGCCCCUAUAAAAUCUGUGGAAACACUCACAAGUAAUACACUUCCCGUACCCUCGGAGUUCCCAAGCGAGGGCCUUGACCUCACUAAUCGUAUGGGGAAAGACGGACCGAUUCGAAGCAGCCGUGUUCUCGUCAUAUGUCGAGGGCAAUCGAAUUGGAAGUGUCCAGAGCGAACCAAUAACGAGGGCGGUGGACAGCGGGAAGAGAAGGAUGACAAAGAGAAGUGGGGUGUAGUUCUGUUGUUGUUGCAAUAA